UCAAUCAACAUGGCAGAAUUCUUAUGUUUACCAACCACAUCUAGUCUUGGUUGUUUGGCAAGGUCUCUCGGAGGUCUAAACCCUGUGCCUUGGGAGAAGGUCAGAAAAUUGGCACGUCUUUAUCCUAAAGUGUCAGCAAAUGCAUCAUCAACGACUGUCAUACUUGAAAAGCGACAAUUGGAUGCAGUUCUGGCUGUUCAAAUAUUUCUUAUUGAAUCAAAACUUCAACAUAAAGAUAGGAUACUACCUUUACUCUUAAAUCUUUUGAAGUCUUUACCUUCAAUAAAGUUUAAUGAAGCAAGUGAAUUGGGAAGAAUUUCUAAAGGUUGUCUUGCUGAAGAAUUCUCCUAUCAUUUUGUAUUGCUACUUCUGAAGAUAGCAAGUUUGGAAGGCCCAAAUGGAUCCAAUGAUAUUAUAUUGGCACUUAUACAUUUAUUCAAAGAGCUUAUUCAAACAUGUUGUGAUAUUGAAGACAAAACAGAUGUUGAAAAAGCACAUAUUUGCAAGGCUGCAAUUCCAAUUCUUCUUGGCGUAUGUCAAGCCAUAUCUUCAAAUGCAACAAACAUAGUACUUUCCAACUCUCAACUUCUAUGUCACAAGCAAUACAAAAAAAAUAUCUUGCAUUCAAAAAUUGAUUGGGCAAAAGAUGCAAAAUUAACUGGCGAUGAAAAUGAUGGAGUUUCUGAAACAGCGAAUAAUGUAUUUUUCACAAUUGUGUCACCAAGUCAACUGGAGACGAUAUUCAAAGACAUCGAAAAACUGCUUUUAUCAGUCAGUCUUGUUGAACUGGAUAAAAUCCUCGCUGAGUUAAAUCAGAUUGACAAUCUGCCAGAAAAAUUUCCUUAUCAUCACUAUCCAAAAGUUAUUAAGGAUGCCUUGGUGACAAUGUUAAAGGAUAUUUGCGUUAACGGAAAUGAUUUACCUGAAGAGACAACACAACGCAUACAACACUUCAUCAAGAAACUUUUCAUCAAAGAGAGGGGUGCUAUUCAGAAAAGCAAACACUCAAGGCAUGAUUUACAAUGUAGAUUUCAUAUCCUGUCUUCGUGUGUUGAUCUUUUGGUGUGGUCAGCCGGCGAUGAUUCUGAUUUUGACGAACUUAUGGAACCUCUUGUGGAUUAUCUUAAUUCCAACACAUCGUUUGGUCUUCUUCAGACGGACCCUAGUUUGAUUGUUAGCUGUUUGAACAGCAUUGGAAAAUUGGCGUGCAAGUUUAAAAAUCGUGCGAGUGUUGCAUUGGAUUGCUACCGUCAUUUCUUUCUCGCUCCUUCUCUCCUCCUUUUGAAGUUAUACCAACCAAAACGUAAAUCAAAAUCGCCUAUGGUGACCGUUUCAGACACUACUUCCGGUACCGUUACUGCUGUCCAACCUAAAGCAGUUGUUGAAGAACCAGUUGAAAAAAUGGGAUUCAAACAUGUUCAGGAAACUACCCUGGCUAAUAUUUGCAAAGUUCUCGGUGUAAUCGUAAGAACUGACCCAAAAUUCACCGAGGAAUUCGUGGGUUUAGUUCUCAAUCGUCUUUACACGACAAGUACCGAUGAUCAAAUCAAAGAACUGAAACAUUCGAACGUCAUCAAAAUUGUUGGUGCUGUUGGUCUUCAUCUUAAAGAUUAUCCUGGUAUCCUCGAGAAAGUCAGAGAUGGACUCUUGCAAAAAUUUGGUUCGCCACCAUCAUCGUUGGAUUUUGUGAUCGUCGAGCAGUUGAUGAAUAUUGCUUUAAUCGAGAAGGAUGAAGUGUAUAAAAAUAUACUGGACAUGUUCAUCAAAAUUGUUACAAGCUCUGGGACAUCAGCUUAUUCCAGUGGACCGUCUUCAAAGGAUGAGAAAACUGAAGCAUUCAGACAUUGCUCAAAAUCUGUUAUUAAUGCCCUGGAAGAGAUUGCAGCUCGUUUGCAAAGACAAGAUUUGUUACAAGAUCUUCUGGUCAGUCUUCUGGAGCUCUUUGUUCAGAUGGGAUUGGAAAGUCGACGAGCCACACAGAAGGCUUCCUUUCUUAAGGCCUCAUCAAGCGCAGGAAAUCUUGGUGUCUUGAUUCCCGCAAUCGCGACUACAGUGUCUCGUCUUCCACCAAUCACAGAUCCCAAACCACGUCUUCAUAAACUUUUCCGCGAUUUUUGGCUCUACUGCGUUGUGUUUGGCUUUGGAGUCCAAGGCUCUAGCUCUUGGCCAAUUCACUGGUACACUGGCGUCUGUCAGGUGGCUGACAGAUCUCCACUUUUACUGGGUGAAGAGCAUUUGAGAUCGGAAUUAUUGUAUAACAGAGCUUUGAAAAGUGACGCAAUGGAUCCGUCCGAAGUGAACGAUGUUCGAACUUCAGUGCUUGACGUCGUCGGCAACAAUGAAAUUUCAGUAAUAGUGAACAAGUUAAAUUUUGGUCAAUGUACUCACCUGCUGUCGGUGUACAGGCUUGAGUCUUUACGUGUGGCUAAUGACACGAGAUCAUUCAAUAAUGUUUUCACAUAUUUGGAAAACAAACCAUUACUGAAAGAUAAAGCAGAAAUGUGGAAAUGUGUAGCCGUGAUAGCAGAUAGAGUUUUUGAACUUUUCUUAAGUGCUCUUAGUGACAAGCCAAAAACCGAUGAUCGAGAAAGGGAACUCGAAAGUCAUGCGCAGUUUUUCCUGGUGAAAUUCAACCAUUUAUCGUCUCGAAUACAACGCAUUGCUGAUAAAUAUUUGUCAUUGCUUGUUGAUAAAUUCCCUCAUUUACUGUGGAAUGGCACCGUUUUACACACUAUGUUAGAUAUUUUGCAAGUGCUUGCUCAAGCUUUGGAACUUAAGCACGAUAAUCAUCAACGUGUUGACCUGCAUGUUCGUGAUAUCCCGUAUGUUCUUACUGUAUCAGAUGUUGCUGAGGGACGACAGAGGACCGUUAGUGAUUUUGCUGCCAGGUGUACUGGCAUCCUUAAAGAAGCCAUAAAAUGGGCACCGUUAACUACGAAAUCACUUUUGCAAGAAUAUCUGGUGAAAGUGGAGCAUAUGCAAACCACUGUUCUGCAGCAUACUGGAAUUGCUUUAGUCACCGAAAGUUCUGUUACGAUGCCAUCUUUAAACCACAAUACAGCCAUGUCGAGCUCCGCCGUGAAAUCUAAACUGCCUUCGUGUGUGACGGAUGAUAACGCUCAGUUUACAGCAAACCUCACAAUUAGAAGCAGAUAUCUUGGUGAGAUCAAUGGCAUGCUGGAUAUGGCAAACCUCCUUAAUGGCACUUCCAUAAACGAAGCAUCGUCGAGGCUAUCAGCUGCUAUUGUGGCUCAGUUGCAGAAGAUUGUGGCGGAUGACAAAUCGUAUGAGACCGUGCUAUUUAGAGCAGCGGCUUUACUCAUUCAAACACAAGAUCUUGAUUGUGAACUUCUUCGAAUCAUCUGUUGGUCACCUGCUCGAAUUUUCACACGUCUGUCGUUAGAAAGUGCUGUUGUAUGCUGGGAAUGGAUAUCUGCCGCUAGACCUGAUAUUGAACUUCCGUUUCUUUGUGAACUAUCUUCGGCGUGGCAAUGGACUGUUGACUGUCGUAAAGGCCUAUUUAGUGUUGACAGACGUCGUACCAGUCCCCUCUCACGGUGUGAUGACGCUGACGAUGAACUGUAUGUACCAAACGUAGUUCCUCAUGAAUUAUGGAUAGAGUUCCUCGUUCAACGCUUUGAAGUCGUCAAAUACUCUAACUCGGAUAAAAUAAAUGUCUUCCUUAUGUUGCUGCUUCGUUCCUUCCCAUUGCUGGUAACAAAAGCAAAUGUACUCUCUCGUCAUUCGUGUGCAUUAAAUGCUCGCUUCAAACUACUUUUAUUGGGAAUAAAUAUGCUGCAAGACGACAUUUUACCCAAUUUGACGAUCAAGAACAUACUAAGAGAACGAAUUUAUACCACUGCUCUGGAUUAUUUCAGUGUUGCUUUGGAGUGUCCUCAACGAAGUGGUACAGAUCUUCGUGCAGACAUCACAACGUUGAUAAAGUUUUGGCUAGCCAUAUUUCAAGAGAAGAAAUCGUUGAUGGCACUUUUGAACGUCCAGUCCAAACAACGAUCAGUGUCAAUGUCAUCCGAUAACAUGGCCGUAUAUUCUCAAAAAUGGAUGAACACCCUUCCUGUAUCUACGUCGUCAGUACACAAAUACUCAAGUCGAAAUUCGACUGAAGCAAUGUCAGUUGACCAGCGCCUUAACACCGUCGAAUCUCACGUGAAAAACUUAAUACGCAGGCGCAGUCUUAUAUUGGCGUUAAUAAAGCGUGCGAUUGAGUUCUUGUCGACUUGGCAUAAUACAUCUGCUGAUGCCAAUCUAACAUUUCCUGGAGAGGAACAGCUUACGAAAUGGUCAUCACAAACCACGUUUAAUGAAAAGGUCUGGCGAGAUAUUGUCAGACUUGCUUGGCAAACUUCUCCAUCUUUGGCUGUGCAUUUAUGUACCAGAUUCAAAGAGAAUACGACAGUACAAAAAGAAGUUGCAACUUUGGUGAAACGACAUCCUUCAGCUGUUAUUCACAUUCCUGAAGCAGUUAAUUUUCUAGUUACGUUCGAAAACAUUAAAAAAAAUAUUCCAGAGCUCUCCGCCAUUUUAUGUUGGUCACCUGUUACACCAGUCACCGCAUUGAGUUACUUCUCGUGCCUAUACCCUGCACAUCCCCUGACAGCUCAAUAUGCCACUCGUGUACUACGAUCGUUCCCUCCUGACUCGAUCAUAUUCUAUAUCCCACAGCUUGUUCAGGCUACGCGAUAUGAUGAUUUGGGUUAUGUAUCACAGUAUAUACUGUGGGCAGCUAGCAAGUCGCAACUUAUUGCUCAUCAAUUGCUUUGGAACAUGAAGACAAAUAUUUUCACUGAUGAAGAAGGAAAGAUUAGAGAUCCAGGUGUAGCUGAUCGUUUAGAUGAUAUAAUGUCGAGGAUCAAGGAGAGUUUAUCGGGAAGUGCCUUGGAAUUUUAUGAACGUGAAUUUCGUUUUUUUGCCAAAGUUACUGGAAUAUCAGGUGAAAUAAAGCCCAUUCCUAAGCCACAGCGUAAACAGGCAUGUUUGGAAGCUUUGAGAAAAAUCAAGGUUGAAUCUGGCGUUUAUCUGCCAAGUAAUCCCGAGUGUCUGAUACUUGAUAUAGACUACACUUCAGGGACACCCAUGCAAAGUGCAGCCAAAGCGCCAUUUUUAGCAAAAUUUAAAGUAAAAAGAUGUGGCAUUGAAGAAAUGGAACGCAUGAACGUUGGAAAAUCAAACUCCUUGCGUGGUCACAUUCCCACUGCUGAGCAUGCUUGUGUUACACGAACCGUCAGUCGUCAAAGUGACAAUAAAGUAUUUUGGCAAGGGGCCAUAUUUAAAGUUGGUGACGAUGUUCGACAGGAUAUGUUGGCCCUUCAAGUAAUUUCAUUAUUUAAGAAGAUAUUUGAAGAUGCAGGUCUGGAUCUAUUUCUGAUGCCUUAUCGAGUAAUUGCGACCGCGCCUGGUUGUGGUGUAAUAGAGUGCGUGCCUAACGCUAAGUCACGUGACCAACUUGGACGUCAGACUGAAGUUGAUUUGUUGGAGUAUUUUAUCCAAACGUAUGGCGAGGAAAACACGGAAAGAUUUCAAAAGGCACGCACUAAUUUCAUAAAAAGUAUGGCUGCUUAUUCAAUAGUGAGCUUUCUUCUUCAAAUAAAAGAUCGUCACAAUGGAAAUAUUAUGAUUGAUGAUGAAGGUCAUGUUAUCCAUAUUGAUUUUGGCUUCAUGUUUGAGUCAUCUCCCGGUGGAAAUCUUGGCUUUGAACCGGACAUGAAGCUUACACGUGAAAUGGCUAUGAUAAUGGGUAAAACAGUGGAAUCCCAUUCAUUCAGAUGGUUUACUGAACUUUGUGUAAGAGCAUACCUUGCUGUAAGGCCUUAUCAGGAAGAAAUUUGUGCUUUAGUUGCAUUGAUGCUCGACACAGGACUACCUUGUUUUAGAGGAGAAACAUUAAAAAGAUUAAGAGCUCGUUUUUCUCCAUUUCAAACUGAGAGGGAUGCGGCAAAUUACAUGCUGAAAGUCAUAAGUGAUUCAUAUCUUAAUCCGAGGACCAAACUGUAUGACAUGAUUCAGUUAGCACAAAAUAAGAUUCCUUAUUGAAUCGUUUUGGUCAUGUCGAUGUGAGUUUCAUUCAACAGACAAAUGGUUGGAGUUUGGAUGAGAUAAUUUUUCUCCAAAACUCUACAUAAAGGUUGCUGACGUGUUGGUAAGUAUAAGUGUUUUCUUAUGGUGCGUAUUUGACAAACUACUGCGAUGUCUUCAAAAGACGCGCUUGUUGGUUAACACUUUAGCAUGGAAAUUUUGUGACCAACAAGUUGGAUCAAUUGGGAAAAAGACGUUUGAAAUUUUGUGUUUUUCUCUGUAUCCAUCUGAACGAGUCUAAUUAAUAAGUAGACUAAAAAGAAGUAGUAGAGAAAGUAGGAAUGUUUUUAGCUGGUUGAAAAUCAUGCAAGAACAAGUCUGUUUGCGUUGAUUGCUCUCACUUAUUAUUAAUGACAUGAACAAAUAGAAAAAUAUGCUGAAAUAAUUUAAUAACACAUUGCGAUAAAAUAAGAAAUAAAUAUAUGUGGUAAAAAAACAUUGAAAAUGUUUUCAUGCAGUACAUGCAUCAACAUUAUUAUACCGUAGUGAAUCCGAACUCAAAUAUUUCACUAUGUGGAAAAAAAUAAGCUUUGUUUUGCAUGCAUAAAUAAAAAUAAAGUAUAAUUCCCCUAUAUAAAUAAAACAAAAUCCCGCGUGCAAAA